AUGCGAGUUUGUCACGGGUUGGCGGGAGAAGCAGUUGACGUUGAAGAUACCGAGUACCGCAAGCCGCUGGACUUGGUCAGGCAGUAUGCCCGCGAUCGCUGGAAUCUCCUCUCCGAGGACCUCAUUGUUCUCACCUGCGGCGGAGGGACCUUAAGCACGAAGCCGAGCGGACUAGAUGUGAGUGGCGACGUGUUCUUCUUCCUGCAGAAAUGCUUGGAGUCAGAGGUGGACGUCGUGGCGGCACGCUUGGAUCCCGCGGAUCCGACCUUGGCGGCCCUUGGUGGCGGCGAGGAGCUAGACGAAGUGGUUGGCCAGCGAUGUGUAGACGUCAUUGAUCCAGCGUUUGAGGCCUUCCGCGGCAACAUUGCCGAGGCGCGAGCCCGAAUCGCGGAGUCCAGACCGGUCGCGGCAUUGGCCCUGCGUUGUGAAGAGCGGGUGGCCGUGCAGCGCCUUGCAGCUCGGGCUGUGCUGGACAACCUGACGAGCCACCGCUCCGCGUGCAGUCGUUCAAUGUCCCUGCUCGCGCAGAAAUCCAGUCGGGUUCAGACAAAGCUGAGCGACAGCUUGGACAAGGUGGAGGUGUCCAUGAAGGCUUUGGAAUCUGUUGGCCUCCAUGCGGCCUUGCAAACGCAGGGCCGCACUACCUUAGCAGACGUGAUGCCACGCGAGCGGAUCCGACGCUUCACUGAAGCGCUCGAGGCGGAGAGGGCCCAGCUGAUCCAGAGACUGGAAAAACUCCAGCGUCAGGACAGCCAAUUGCAGGCUCUUUGCGAUCAAGUGGCGGAGCGCGUGGAGCAGCUGAUUCUGGAAGACAGUGUUGGUGUUGAAGCCAAAGCGAUACUGGAGGAACAGGGGCGUGCGCAGCGCGAGUUUCUGCCGGAGCUACGAGCACUGGUUCCAUCUGCGGGCGCAGCGCCUUCGACAGUGUUAGAGGACGAAAAGCGUUCAGCACUUGUUCUUGAUAGUGUUAAAACUGCGUGCGCCAAUGUGCGCUCAUCAUUAGACCAGCUGCAAAGCUGCUGGGAUCGUCAACAUCAAACCUUCGUACAGAGACUUCGAGAAGUGGCUUACGUACAAUCCAAGGUACGGUACGUCGAGAGGCAGGCCGCGCUGUUGGAGGAGGAAGUCAAUGCACAGUCCAACAACUCUCAGCAGCUGAAUCGAUUGCAAAAAAUGCCACGGGCGUACAACAGCACGCUCCGGGAAGUGGCGCUGAGACGGCAGUUUCGAGCUCGCUACCUUGCCCAGUGCGAAAAAGCCCUCACCACACUUUCAAGGAUGGUGGAAGUGGAGAACAGCAGGCGGCGUGCCUUCUUGCAACGAUACAGCUGCUACCUGCCCACGGAUUUCGUUCAGGGGCUAGGAACCCUGGCACCGCUGGCGACUGUUGAGGUUCCGGACUUUGACUCCCAGCUGCCAGAAAUCGAUGUGGCCUCGAUAGAGGCUGGGCAGUCUGGCCAAGCCCUGGAGGCUUCAGGACCGCCGGCUGCGGCUUCUGCUUCCUCUUCGCUGUCCGUCAACGUGAGCGGGGCCCUGGCCGCGGGCGUGGGCUCCCCGUCCGAGCCUCCCGCGGCGCCCGCUCCCGCUGAUCGGGAACCGGGGGAGCCCACAGCGGAGGAGGAUGCGGUGGCGAGCUCACAGAGCAGAAUCGCAGAGCUCGAGGCAUGCAACAAGGCUUUGCAAGAGCAGCUCGCAAGCUUGCAGCAGGAGCACGCCACAAGGGCAGCACCUGAAGCAGAGAAUUUUCAAGCGUAG